AUGUACAAUGAGAUAAACAAAUUAACAUCUGUAGAAAAUGAAUAUUUGGAAAAAAGUGGAAAAAAAAGAAGACAGCAAAAUAGAUCAUUUUAUUUAAUUUCAAAUGAACAUGACAAUGAUAUAAAAAAUCCGAAUCAAAAUAAUAUAGAAAGCUAUUAUAAAACAGAUAUACAAGAAAAUGAAGAAGAUCCGUAUACUCUUGAAGUUAUACGCCAACUAAGUUCAAUCAAAAUCGAUUCCAGCACAGAUUCGUCAAGUGAAAAAGAUGUUUAUGCUAGAAGCCAAGUUGGGGAAAAAAAGAACGAAAAAAAGAAAAAAAGAGUUAUUCGGCACAUUCCAAGUGUAGAAUGUGUAGAAGAUAUCGUGGUAUAUGAUGAGUCAAAAGAUACAGAAUUUCCAGAUUUAUAUCAACUUUUUUCAGAAUAUAACAUUAAAUAUUUUUACAAUAGAUUAGAAAGUGUACAAGUAAAAUGGAGUAACAAAAUGAAAUUAUGUGCUGGGAUAUGUAUAUUUAAAAAAUCUGGAUACUGCUGCAUUAGGCUCUCACUCCCUUUACUAAAGCUGCGAAAAAUAAGAGAAUACAAAGAAACAUUACUACAUGAAAUGAUUCAUGCCUUUUUAUUUUUAAAUCAAAAAAAAUCUGAUAAAAAUGAUGGACAUGGUCCUGAAUUUAAAAAACAUAUGUAUAGAAUAAAUAAAUUAACAGGUUUAAAUAUAAGCAUCUAUCACAGUUUUCAUGAUGAGGUCCAUUUUUACCGAAACCAUGUUUGGCGUUGUACAGGAAUUUGCAGAAAGUACCCUCCACAUUUUGGAUACAUAAAACGAUCCAUGAAUCGACCGCCCGGACCAAAGGAAAAGUGGUGGAGAAGCCACUCAACUUAUUGUUCAGGAAAAUUUGUAAAAAUCAAAGAGUUAGAAUCUUCUAAAACUGCAGGAGAAAAUGCAAAUAAACAAACCCCCGAUCUUAAUACAACAUUAGAGGAAGAAAUUGAGCCCCCCCAAAAAAAUACCGGAAAAAAAAUCGAAAAAAAAAUCGGAAAAAAAAUCGAUGAUGAUAGAACCAACGAGACCAUACAAAUUGAAGAUGUAAUGGAUGAUUCCAUGUUUAAUGAUACAAUAAUAAUAACGAAUUCAAAUAAAAAAAAAACGAAAAAAAAAGUAGAAACAUAUAGUAAUGAGUUAGAUAUAAUUAAUCUCAUAAAAACCUUGUUUAACAAUAGUAAGGAAACUAGUGUUCAUAAUUUUUCAACUUCCGAUAAUUCAAUAGAUUAUCAUAAAGCAUUUAAAAGUAAAAAUUAUUUUGAAAUAGAUUAA